AAAGCUGUAUAAACCAAUCUUUAUGGCCAUGAUUUUACCUUAAAAGCAAUUGAAAAAUUUUAACACUAUUCAAAUAGUUAUGAAGUAAAUAAAGGAUUGAAAGUAGCAAGUAAUAAAAUGUUUUGUUGUCUAAUUACAUAACGACAACAUUCUGAAUGUUUCAAAAUUUUCGCAAAUACCCAAACUUUAUUGGCUACUCCAUAUAAACCAACUGAUAUUUUGUACAAAUUCUCCUUUCAAGAACUUCUUCCAACACCCAAAACCACUUCAUACCUAACAUCAAUAGUAAAUAACAUUUUUCAGUAAUUGUUCGUAACAUCUCAUAACAUAACCGAACGCUGGCACCGUUCCACGUUAGUUUGGCGAUAUGCGGCUCUUCCACGAAUAGACUCUAUGGAUGUGACCUGUCCACCUUCGCUCCCAUUGGGCUGGCGUCACCUAAACUAUAGGUAGGUAGAAAAACAUAUGUAUCAACUAGAUUCAGCAAAACAAAUUGAAGAGGCAGCUCAAUUAUGAUAAUUUGAGUUGUAUGCUCGUGGUCGCCAUUUCUGAGGGAAUCGCCAUUUUUGGCGAGAGGUGUAUGGUUCUUUAGACGUUUGUCUUAUUUCAACCAACCAAUGUUUAUUACUUAACUGUAAAACUGAAACUGAAUUCAAAUAAAAAAGCAGCAGCUUUUAACCGCCUCUGUUGGAUGAUGGUGACCGCACUACUUAAGGCUAUAUAAUAGUAAGCCUAACUGACUUACAUAAAUAAUUACAUACGGUAAUGUUCUAGUACACCUAUAAUCUUAAACACAAUACCGUAUGUCAUAAUCAACUACUGAAAUAAAACUAAUAAUCGAAAGUUAACGUAACCACGAACAAUGUGGGCUCAUAAAGAGGGAAAAACAAUAGUUCACCUGAGCGCAUUUGUGUAACCGCCUAAGAUCGUAAUUAGUCCCAGUACUGUGCUAAAUACCGGUGAAAAACCACUCGAAUUAUGAAAAUCCUCGUGGACAUCAAAUUGAUACUUCUAUACCAGCUAGUCUACCAGCUCCAUCAUGUUUACUCAAGUUACGAAGACUCUGAGAUUGACGAGUCAUUGAACGAGUCGGUAUCGGAGUCAAAGCCUUCACACCGACACCGUCACGUGCACCGACACAAGAAGAGUCGCAGCCAUAUGCAUGAUCACGACCAUGACCAUGACCAUGACCAUGACCAUGACCACGACCACGAACAUCUCAGGACAGGAAUGAGCAACGAAUACAACGAUGAUUGCGACUGUGCCUGCAAUAAGUGUGACGCACCUUCCGAUUGCUGCACAAGCACUUGCAAAAGCUGUUCAUCUUCAACAAACAACCUCAACCCAUAUCAAGGCUCCGGUAUGGCCGGACAGAGCCAAUCAAGCGUAGUGUUCGUGCCCUAUCCGUACCCUAUGAUGUUGCCUGCAGUCGUGAAGAACCAUCCGGUCACACCCGCCACGACGAGCACGCCCGACACCACGCUCGAGGAUACCACCACCACGACUAUGACUACAACUACCACCACCACCACCACCACCACCACGACAACAGAAGAGCCCUCCAAAUUCUACAUCAAGUCACAAAGCGAUAAACUUGAACUUGAAAAUACAAAUAAACAGCAGAGUAACAACGACAUGCUGGAAUCGGUUCUCAAAAGCGUCGUCGAUGAUUACUCGAACAUUAUAGUUAAGACGCCAGAUAAGCUGCAGAACGGCAACAAUAAGUACAUGCUGACGUCUCUGAGGAGAACCAAGCCCACGUGGAUGCCCAAGUUCGGCAUAGUGCCCAUCUCUGACAACGUGGCCGAGAAGCUGAUGUCACAGCUGCGGGGGCGCGCGCCCCUGCGCCAGCCGACCAAGAAGAGAGCCUCCAUGUACGCUUUGAACGCACUAAAGAAGUAUUAGCUUGUAGACAUUUUUAUAUUCUUUUACUUUUGUACCUGAUAUAUUUUGUCAAGAAUAUUGAAAGUUAAUCAUUGUUAUGUAAGAAAGUUUUUAUACGUGUAAACCAAUUUACAUAAAAUACAGUUAUUGAAAAAAUGGACGUAGUUUUACUAUUUAUUGAAUUACCUCUAUAUGACUCAAGCGUUUUACAACCUGUUUACGUAACCAAAAUAAAACUAUAACUUAAUUCAAUAUUGUGUCGAGAAGGUAUGGGUAGCUAAUAAAUACAAAUCAAUGUUCGU